AUCAUUGUCGAAUUGUUGCAUUUUCCUUGUCUCGCAUCGGCGCCUUCUUUCUCUGAUCUAUAUUUAAUAGUAUCGUCAUAAUUGCGUAAUCGAUCGACUAUCCAUUUGUAUUUUCUAUCAUAAGGCAAAAAAUUUGUUUAUAAAUAAGAACAAUUUUUGUUUCGUUUACGUUUAUGCAGAUGGAGAGAUCAUGAACUUUGUCGUUAUGCUAAAAUUUUAAAUCAUUAUUAUUUAUUAGGGUAAAUAUUUUUUUCACGGAUUUUGAUCACAGAUGCAUUAGAUACCUUGGAAUUUUAAUAUUAUUCAAGGCGAUCUUCCGAAAUAAUUAACAGUAUUUUUAAAUAAGGGACAAAAAUAUAGUAUCUUAUUGAUGUUUUAAAAAGUAAACUAUUAAAGUUUUAACAGUCAACUUAAACUAGGUGAAGUCUUAUCCUUUGAACGUUAUGACUUAUUCAACCUGUCAUGCUUAUGACCCGUCACUGAUGUCAUAUGUCAGUGUAAUCGUGAAUAACCAUAACAGCGGCACUGGCUGUAAAUUGUAAACAGCAAACAUCAGUCUGCAGGUCAACACUGAUGUGUCAAAUGCAAUUCGUCAAAUAAUAAUUUCGAAAUCUCUAGUGAUGGAAUUGGCUUCGGUACUACGUAGUUAUGUUGCAUCCCAUAAAGUUCUUGACAAAACUACACGAAACGCAGAGGAAAAAGAAAAGAUAGAGGAUCAACAUUUCAAAACAGUAUAUAAUAAAUGGAAGGGUGCUGAUGCCAAAGAUACAGAUGAAACUUACAAAAUUAUACCUAAAUUUUACUUCAAGAUACCAAAAGAAGAUGAAAUCUUGCCUCAAAAGCUACGAGAGGAAACAAGAGCUUUAUUUUUGCAGAGACGUUCUCGUCAGCUAUUAGACAAUAAUGAAUUGAAAGCCUUAUGGGUGCUUUUAGACAAACAUCAUAGUCCUCCUAUUGCCCGAGAUGAGCAAUUAAUUAAUUAUGAAGAUUUCAGAAAAGUUGGAAAACUAGCUGGACCAAAAUGCAGUCUGUAUUUUACGGCUGUUGUUUUUGCAAAAUUACAGCAAGGUGACCCCCAUGGCAGAAUAAGUAUUAUGGCACUUUUCAAUUAUGUCAUGAGAAAAGUUUGGCUUCAUCAAACUAGAAUAGGCUUAUCGCUAUAUGAUGUUACUGGACAAGGUUAUUUAAGAGAAUCAGAUUUAGAAAAUUAUAUUUUGGAAUUAAUUCCAACACUGCCGCAACUUGAAGGAUUAGAAAAAUCUUUCCAUUCAUUUUAUGUUUGCACAGCUGUUAGAAAAUUUCUUUUCUUUUUGGAUCCUUUGAGAACAGGAAGAGUGAGAAUACAAGACAUUCUAGCUUGUAGUUUCCUAGAUGAUUUACUGGAAUUGCGUGAUGAAGAUUUACCAAAAGACUUACAAGAAGCUAAUUGGUUUUCAGCACCUUCUGCAUUAAAAGUAUAUGGCCAGUACUUAAAUCUUGAUAAGGAUCACAAUGGCAUGCUUAAUAAAGAAGAGCUUUCUGGUUAUGGAACUGGAACAUUGACUGGUGUUUUUCUUGAAAGAGUUUUUCAAGAAUGUUUAACAUACGAAGGUGAAAUGGACUAUAAAACAUAUUUAGACUUUGUACUUGCUUUGGAAAACCGACAUGAACCACAAAGCUUACAUUAUUUAUUCAGGAUAUUGGAUAUAAAUAAUAAAGGAUAUUUGGAUACAUUUUGCUUGAACUAUUUCUUCCGUGCAAUUCAAGAACAAAUGACAAUGCAUGGUCAAGAACCAGUCAGUUUUGAAGAUGUUAAAGAUGAAAUAUUUGAUAUGGUUAAACCAGCAGAUCCUUACAAAAUUACUUUGCAAGAUCUUUUAUCUUGUGGUCAAGGUGAUACAAUGGUCAGUAUUUUAAUUGAAUUCCAUGGAUUUUGGGCAUAUGAAAAUCGUGAAGCAAUGGCAGCAGAUACUAAUGAUGAUUCAUCUCAUGUUUGACAAUUGAUUUUAUCAUAAAUUUGUAAAUCUUGACUCUUUUUAUUUAUCAUAAUGUCAUAGUGCUAUUUUUAUAUAAAAUUGUAUUGAGUGCCUUUCUAGUUUUAAGUUUGUGAAAAAUCAAAAAUACUUGAUAUAAUAAUUAUCAAUUUAUUGGUACAGUUAUUUCUACAUUCUUUUUUCUCUAAUAAAAAAGCAUCGCUACUCAA